AAGAGAUAUUUUGUGCCGAGUCGGAACUGGCCCGGCAGCGCGAGGACAAACAAAACCCUAGCCGCCUCUUCUAAACCCCAAGCCGCGCCUCUGCCGCUUCCGCUCGCCCCCAUCCCAUUCCCACCCUCCUGGUCUGGCUUCGUCCCAUCUCAUCUCCCUCAGAUUUAGUUCUCAAUGGCGGCCUUCAACAAGCUCGGCAGCCUUCUAAGGCACAGCGUUCUGACGAGCGGCGCAUCCGCUGGCUCAUCGCCUGCAGUGUUCAAUGCUGCUCGGCUUAUGUCCACCAAGCUUUUCGUUGGUGGUCUUUCCUGGGGUACCGAUGACCAGUCUCUGAGAGAAGCAUUUAGCAGCUUCGGAGAGGUUACUGAAGCGCGGGUGAUCACGGACAGGGAGACUGGAAGGUCAAGAGGCUUUGGCUUUGUGAACUUCAGCAACAGUGAAGAUGCCAAGAGUGCUGUAUCUAGCAUGGACGGUCAGGAACUCCAAGGGCGUAGCGUCCGUGUGAACUUCGCUAACGAGAGACCUGCCGGGAGCCAAAGCUACAGUGGUGGAGGUGGCUAUGGCGGAGGUGGCUACAGUAGUGGCGGAGGCAACCAAGGCUAUGGUGCUGGAGGCCAGGGUGGUGGUUAUUAAGAAGAGCGCUGAUAAAUUAAAAUAUUUUAAAUAAUGAACUUUAGGACCUGAUGUGGCUUAUGUGAAAGCCUUUUCAUGCUUUACUAUAUCGUUGAACUCCUAGGUGCAAAUCUGGUGCUACCGAAUUUUGCCUACUGGUUGUUUUGAAGAGUGGAAAUGCAAGUCUCCUGUAUCUUCCUGAGUGAAGAACAUAAUUUGCGCACAUUACUUUAGAUGCCUAUCUAUUGCAAUGUGUACAGACGGAUUACUUGAUUUA